AUGCACGGCCACGGUGCACAGUGCGGGCAGGGAAUGACGGUGGCGGGUGCUGCAGCCUGGCCAUGUGCCCUGCUCUGCGGCAGGCUCGUCGUGCAGAGGACGGUGGCGGGCAGCGACCCCUGCGUCUCACCAUGCUGCCGACCGACGACACCUCGCGACCGACGACGGCCGGACGAGCCGGUCUCGCGAGCGUCGGCCAGCGUCGUGGGUGCGACGCCGACGUGCCAUUCUCGGUGGCGUCAAGGCCGUCGAAUGGACGGCCGGUUCCAGCCUUCCAGGAGGCACGACGACGAGGCCUGCGACGGUGGCACCGUGGCUGCUGCCGCCUCGGCCGCCACGCAGGGCCAGCCUCGUCGUGUUUUACUACCCGUGCUCGGCGUGUCUGCAGUCACAUUUGUCCAGCGAGGAUUCAGCUUUGUGACCGUGGCGCCACACGACGACAAGGUCAAUCGACCCUUUCGCCACCCCACCACCGUGCCUGGUAGCGACCGCACCCACGUCGUGGCGGCACUCUGGUUCCAGCGCUCGCACGCGUUCCCGGUGAUGCCGCCGCCGCCUGCCUGCCGCCGACAGUCCUGGAUACCGACAGACCGAUGGCCCAUGCCUCGACGGGUACGAGGUGCGCUCGCUGCGUCGCGUGCUCGCUCGAUCGUCGCAGCCGCCUCCGGAUGGUUCCUCGCCACCGUGGCCCGCGCGAUGCUCUCGGAAUCGUCUGCCGUCGGCCGCCUUGCCUCUGCGUCCGCCGGGCCAAAGUCGGGCUCGAGAUGGCGCGCCCCCGGCUGGGUCGAGGUCGAUGCUCCCGUAGCGUCGCCCAAACUACCGAGCGCCAAGGGCCGCCUCCCGCCCGUUUCAGUCUGGCUCCGCCGACGACGGCUCGAUGAGAUCUGGCAAAGGGGGACCCGCCGGCCUGGUGACAGGUCGACUGUGGCAUCGGCGACGGCGCGACGAUUCGUUGGGCUCGGCCGAGUCGUGCGUUUCGAACGCACCCGGCGACGGCAUGCGCGCGAAGACGAAAUCUCCCCGCCCGCAUCACGUGCCGACGGUGGUGGCUGCCGGGCUCAGUACUCUGUAUCACAGUACCUGCAGCACACCAACACGCCGUACUUACACACACCAACACGCAGUGCGUACAGUACUGUUCCGUACUCUGUACACUUGCUUACAGCACACCAACACGCAGCACGCUUGCAGCACACCAAGACGCGCACACCAACACGCAGCACACUUGCAGCACACCAACACGCAAGCCUGCGCAAUGCCGGCCCACGUACGCGCCUCAGCAGCCGACGUGCGCGUGAGCCAGCAUCGGCCGGACGCAAGGUGCCUGCCUGCCUGCCUGCCGGAGGAGAGGGAGGGUCCCCGAUGCGUCGUCGAAUCUCGUGGCCCGCGUGGCCAUGCGCGUCCGCCUCGUGCGUGCCACCGGCCGACGAACCCGACGGCCCCGAGCCUGCGUACCGUCCUGCUCCGGCCCCCUCCCUUGACCCUCCCGCGCCUGCGCCCCCCGUCGAGGUUGAGCACCUCGACAGCGGGCAUCUCUACUGUACUCGCCUGCCAUGCGCUGUGCUUGCAGGUGCCGGGGGCGCCUGGGACCUGACGCUGACGAACCACGAGCCCACACCGCCAGUUUCAUGCGCGACAUGGCCGGCGUCGACGAUGCAUGCAGGCGUACGGAGCCCAAGCACCCGCCACAAAGGUAAGCAGGCCCUUGCCUCGCAUGCAGCUCGGAGAAAGUGUGCAGCAUUCAUGCAACGAAUUACACCUACAAGCACAUGUACCGUACGGAGCAAGUACUUGCUUGCAUGCAUCGCCGAUCCCUUGCGUCGGCCCCAUCCACGCCGCAGCCAGCAUCGGCUCGCCCGCGCCCCGCCCACCCACGGGCACCGCACCACCCGGGCGCAGGCACUCACCCGACCGGCGCCGUACCUGCUUGCACCUUGGCAUCUUGGCCCGUCGGCAAGGCAGAUGGCCAGGUACCGCAUCCUGGGCGUACGCACCGUACCGUCAUCGCCGGCGUCUCCGCCCCGCGCGGCCGCGCAACGUCCUGAUAUCAACCCUGCCCGGUCGGGCGCGGUGCGGCGCAUGUGCCUGCGGUGCGUGUGGGGACGCGCGCACCAGCCUAUUCCACGAGCACCUCGUGGUCAGCACUCGUCACCACCUGCCCGGCGCAAGUGCAUCUGCAUUCCGCCUGCGUAG